GUCCCUGCCCCCGCUGCCUUUCCCACCCCAUCGCGGGGCCGGCCGCUUCUCCGGCCCCAGGAUGCAGAAUGUGAUUAACACGGUGAAGGGAAAGGCACUGGAAGUGGCUGAGUACCUGACCCCGGUCCUCAAGGAAUCAAAAUUUAAGGAAACAGGUGUAAUCACACCAGAAGAGUUUGUGGCAGCUGGAGAUCACUUAGUCCACCACUGUCCAACAUGGCAAUGGGCUACAGGGGAAGAAUUGAAAGUGAAGGCAUAUCUACCAACAGGCAAACAAUUUUUGGUCACCAAAAAUGUGCCAUGCUACAAGCGGUGCAAACAGAUGGAAUAUUCAGAUGAAUUGGAAGCUAUCAUUGAAGAAGAUGAUGGUGAUGGGGGAUGGGUAGAUACUUACCAUAACACAGGUAUUGCAGGAAUAACUGAAGCAGUUAAGGAGAUUACAUUGGAGAGCAAGGACAGUAUAAAACUUCAAGAUUGCUCAGCAAUAUGUGAGGAGGAAGAAGAGGAAGAUGAAGGAGAAGCUGCAGAUAUGGAAGAAUAUGAAGAGAGUGGAUUGUUGGAAACAGAUGAGGCUACCCUAGACACAAGGAAAAUGGUAGAAGCUUGUAAAGCUAAAACUGAUGCUGGAGGUGAAGAUGCUAUUUUGCAAACGCGAACUUACGACCUUUAUAUCACUUAUGAUAAAUAUUACCAGACACCACGGCUAUGGUUGUUCGGCUAUGAUGAGCAAAGGCAGCCUUUAACAGUUGAACACAUGUAUGAAGACAUCAGUCAAGAUCAUGUGAAGAAAACAGUGACCAUUGAAAAUCACCCUCAUCUCCCACCUCCUCCUAUGUGUUCAGUUCACCCGUGCAGGCAUGCGGAGGUGAUGAAGAAAAUCAUUGAGACUGUUGCAGAAGGAGGGGGAGAACUUGGUGUUCAUAUGUAUCUUCUAAUUUUCUUGAAGUUCGUACAAGCUGUCAUUCCAACAAUAGAAUAUGACUACACAAGACACUUCACAAUGUAACGAAGAGAGCAUAGAAUUUAUCCUAAUUACUGGUUCUGAUUUUUAAAGAAUUAACCCAUAGAUGUGACAUUGACCAUAUACACCAAUAUGUACAAUUUCUCUAAUAAAGGGACUUAUAUGUUUAUGCAUUAAAUAAAAAAAGUUCCACUACCAGCCUUAUUUGUUUAAUAAAAAUGAGUGUAAAGAGA